GCGUCGCCAAGACAACCGUUCAUUGGGGACAUCAUGGAAAUGCCACAACAGUAAUCGGUUACAGUAACCAGCCCAAUACAGGGAUAGUAAACUCAUCAGCAUGCGAUAGUGUGUACAACAUUCAGAGCUAUCGAUUGAUAUCGAUAAUUCAAAUCUAAUAUGCUAUUGACACGGUUACAUGCAGGUCGACUUUAAUUUCUCCGGGGAUUAAGAUGUGACAUAGCUGUACAUAUAGCCUACAGUAUAGCCUCGGUUUUACAUUAUCGCAGAAUCAGCCGCGAUGGCUACAGGUGGGCUGUACAAACUAGACGACGGAGAAGCGUGUCUCACAAAUUGUUUUCCCGUCAGAUCGUUCUUUCAGCCAAGCAAAGAAGGAGCAGGACACUGGCUUGUAGCUCACAGAAAUGCCAUCGAAGAAAAAUACAGAAGUAGAAAGGCUCCAGAACAUUGCACUGCAGAGGAGUCGGUGGUGUCUGGGAGUACAAAGCUUCAAGACUCUGGCAAAACAGACAUAACCUGCAACACGUUAGAUGGGGCUCUGUUGAUGAGAUUACACAGUGUGGACAAGCCUUCUGAGUUGUGCAGUGUUAACAUUAGUGACCAGAAAUUGCACUCGGCCAAGCCAGAGGAUUUUGAAGAAUUCGACAAUGUUGCUUACAUUAAUGCCUCUGAAAAUCAUUUGAAUCUGGAGCCUUUCAGUUGGUUUCCCAUCCUAAGGGAGCUUGAGCUGUCGCUGAACGGGAUACACAGCCUGGCGGUGAACGCUGGCGACUUUCCUCAUCUGGAGACACUGGACUUGUCCUACAACCACCUGUCCAGUGAAGAUAUCCUGUCCAUUGGGCUGCUUCCUUGCCUCAAAGUCCUUCAUCUCACAGGAAAUGGACUGCAGACACUACCUGACGACAUGGCUUCUCCACACUAUGACCCUACCCAGUGGACUUUGGAACAGGGCAUGCUUUUCAGUUCCCUGGAGGUCUUGACGCUUGAUGACAAUAGACUCUGCUCUCCGGGAGUCUUCAACAGCCUUGCCAAUCUCAAAAGGCUACGGUAUUUAAAUCUACAGGGAAACUACAUCACAGAGGUGCCUUACUUGCAACAGUUUGGAGAUUGUAGAGCUGGACAGAAUCUGAAGAGCUGCAGCAAACAACACAGUGAAGAUCUGGGACAUGGACCAGUCCUUGUUUCAGACUGUGCAAUGCUGGCAACCAGCAACAAAUCUGUGGAGAGAACUGAUAAUAAUGGUUUUCCCACGGUGGAGCAGGAACUGAACAAGAACAGCACUAGUGAGGAUUACACCCAUCGGAGAACCUAUUCCCCACUACAGAUUUCCAGUGAAUUCCACCUGCCCCUUCCAGAGCUGAGAACCUUGAAUCUAGCUGACAACAAGAUAGCGGUAGAAGAGGCGCUGUUGGCGGUGGCCUGGUUUCCUUCGCUCACUGAGCUUGUGAUUCACUCGAACCCGCUCACCACGCAGAGGAGCGGGGACCCGCCCAUGCUGACCCACUUCCUCCACGACAGGCUGGGCGUCGCCAUAAGGCGGCGGAAAGCACAGCGCUCCGUGAAGCCGCGCAUCGCGAUUCCAGUCAACCCCAAGCGAAAGGUCGGGGGGAAAGUGUUCACAGUGGAGACAAAAAUUCGGAAGGUCCAAAAAUUGCCUCUGUGCUUGGAGGCCCCUGGUAGACCUUCUCUUCACGGCCAAUCCUCCAUUUUGGAGAAAUAUCCGGAAGAUCUCCCGGGUAAAACGGUUCCCCCAGAGGGUGAAGAUCUGCUUUCUUCAAGCGGCCCUGGUCACACAAGCGGUCAGGGAAUUGGAAGUGGAGAGGGAGCAGCUUAUGAUUGGCCGAACGCUUCGGAGGAGAAAGCCGGCGAUUCGCCAGGUGCUGAAAACCUGGAAAGGGAUGCUUUCUUUAUAACCCAGGUGAAUGAUUUAGAUGAAUCUACUUGGCAAGAGGAAUCAGAGGAGCAGGAACCUAACAUCGAACAACAAAGAAAGGAUAAUUCGAUUCCAGAGAAAUUCAGAGGCUACGAAAUAUUACUGGAUGCUAAACCAGAUCCUUCCGUGUUUGAGCCUGUUGGAAUUCAGCAAACAGUUAGAGCCUUGGAAUUGGCACUCAAAAACCUCCUUGUUUACAGAGAUUCCAAGGCUAAUACUGAUCUACCUCAGAAGCCAUACACAGAGAAGGAGAAAAGAAUUGGCAAGCUACCACCUGCAAAACCAAGGAGACUGAAAGGAGAGAAGGCUGAAGAUGCUCUGAGCAAAAUUAAGGACAGAACAACAAUAAAUAAAGUCCCUUUAGACAAAGUUCUUAAAGGCAAGGAUGUCUACAGGAGAGAAUAUGAAGAGGCUCGGACAUUGCUGAAGGACAUGAGAAAAAAGUGCAAGGUGGUUAACUUGAAAGGAGCAGAAGAGUAGGCUCAGGAGGAGUGUGGCAAACACACAAACCUGGAUGGGAGGAUGGCGAGCCGAGAAUAAGGGAAAAACUUGUUUACGCUUCACUGUUCCUCCCCCAAGCUUUAUUGUGUUGUGGCAUGUCUUUUACCGGUAGCCCUGUAAGGGGGGGGGGGGGGG